CGCAGGGCCGGGUGCGGGACCGGCCGGCCGCGGAGCAGAGCGGAGAUCGGUGACCCCGCGCCGCAGCCCAGUUACCCCGGAGCGCCUCGGAUCCCAUGCAGGGCGCCGGCUCCAUGGCGACCGGACUCGGGGAACCAGUCUACGGACUUUCGGAAGAGGAGGGGGAAUCCCGCAUCCUCAGAGUAAAAGUUGUUUCUGGGAUUGAUCUCGCUAAGAAGGACAUCUUUGGAGCCAGUGACCCGUAUGUGAAGCUUUCAUUGUAUGUGGCAGAUGAAAACAGAGAACUUGCUUUGGUUCAAACAAAAACAAUUAAAAAGACGCUGAACCCGAAAUGGAAUGAAGAAUUUUAUUUUAGAGUAAACCCAUCUAAUCACAGGCUCUUGUUCGAAGUAUUUGACGAAAACAGAUUGACACGAGACGACUUCCUGGGCCAAGUGGACGUGCCUCUCAGUCACCUUCCGACAGAAGACCCCACCAUGGAGCGACCCUAUACAUUUAAAGACUUUCUGCUUCGACCGAGAAGUCAUAAAUCUCGAGUGAAGGGAUUUCUGCGGUUGAAAAUGGCCUACAUGCCGAAAAAUGGAGGUCAAGAUGAGGAAAGCAGUGAGCAAAGGGACGACAUGGAGCACGGGUGGGAAGUGGUGGACUCGAGUGACUCAGCUUCUCAGCACCAGGAAGAGCUUCCUCCGCCUCCUCUGCCCCCAGGAUGGGAAGAGAAAGUGGACAAUUUAGGCCGCACUUACUAUGUGAACCACAACAACCGGACCACACAGUGGCACCGACCGAGCAUGAUGGAUGUGUCCUCCGAGUCGGACAACAACAUCAGACAGAUCAACCAGGAGGCCGCACACCGUCGCUUCCGCUCACGCAGACACAUCAGUGAGGACUUGGAGCCCGAGGCCUCGGAAGGUGGAGAGGGCCCUGAGCCCUGGGAGACCAUUUCAGAGGAAGUAAACAUGGCAGGAGACUCCCUCAGCCUGGCGCUGCCCCCGCCUCCUGCCUCCCCAGUGUCUCGGAACAGCCCCCAGGAGCUGUCGGAGGAGCUGAGCAGAAGGCUUCAGAUCACCCCAGACGCCAAUGGGGAGCAGUUCAGUUCUCUGAUUCAGAGAGAACCUUCCUCGAGGCUGCGGUCCUGUAGUGUCACGGAUGCUGUCGCCGAGCAGGCCCACCUACCACCGCCAUCAGUGGCCUAUGUACAUACCACGCCGGGCCUACCUUCAGGCUGGGAAGAAAGAAAAGAUGCUAAGGGACGCACAUACUAUGUCAAUCAUAACAAUCGAACCACAACUUGGACUCGACCAAUCAUGCAGCUUGCAGAAGAUGGUGCCUCUGGAUCAGCCACAAACAGUAGCAACCACCUAAUCGAGCCUCAGAUCCGCCGGCCUCGUAGUCUCAGUUCGCCAACAGUAACUUUAUCUGCCCCACUGGAGGGUGCCAAGGACUCACCCAUACGUCGGGCUGUGAAAGAUACCCUUUCCAAUCCACAGUCCCCUCAGCCAUCACCUUACAACUCCCCCAAACCACAACACAAAGUCACACAGAGCUUCCUGCCACCCGGCUGGGAAAUGAGGAUAGCUCCAAAUGGCCGGCCCUUCUUCAUUGACCAUAAUACAAAGACUACGACCUGGGAAGAUCCACGCCUGAAAUUUCCAGUACAUAUGCGGUCAAAAGCAUCUUUAAACCCCAACGACCUUGGCCCUCUUCCUCCUGGUUGGGAAGAAAGAAUUCACUUGGAUGGCCGGACGUUUUAUAUCGAUCAUAAUAGCAAAAUUACUCAAUGGGAAGAUCCAAGACUGCAGAACCCAGCCAUCACUGGCCCGGCUGUUCCUUAUUCCAGGGAAUUUAAGCAGAAAUAUGACUACUUUAGGAAGAAAUUAAAGAAACCCGCGGAUAUUCCAAAUAGAUUUGAAAUGAAACUUCACAGGAAUAACAUAUUUGAAGAAUCUUAUCGGAGAAUCAUGUCUGUGAAAAGACCAGAUGUCCUAAAAGCUAGACUAUGGAUUGAAUUUGAAUCAGAGAAGGGUCUAGACUAUGGGGGCGUGGCCAGAGAAUGGUUUUUCUUACUGUCCAAAGAGAUGUUCAACCCCUACUAUGGUCUCUUCGAGUAUUCUGCAACGGACAACUAUACGCUUCAGAUCAACCCCAAUUCAGGCCUCUGUAAUGAAGAUCAUUUGUCCUAUUUUACUUUCAUUGGAAGAGUUGCAGGUCUGGCAGUAUUUCAUGGGAAACUCUUAGAUGGUUUCUUCAUUCGACCGUUUUACAAGAUGAUGCUGGGAAAGCAAAUAACUCUGAAUGACAUGGAGUCUGUGGACAGUGAAUACUACAACUCUUUGAAGUGGAUCUUAGAAAACGAUCCUACUGAACUGGACCUCAUGUUCUGCAUAGAUGAAGAGAACUUUGGGCAGACAUAUCAAGUGGAUCUGAAGCCCAAUGGGUCAGAAAUAAUGGUGACAAAUGAAAACAAAAGGGAAUAUAUUGACCUCGUCAUCCAGUGGAGAUUUGUGAACCGGGUCCAGAAGCAAAUGAAUGCCUUCCUGGAGGGAUUCACAGAACUGCUUCCUAUCGACUUGAUUAAAAUUUUUGAUGAAAAUGAGCUGGAGUUGCUGAUGUGUGGCCUUGGAGACGUGGACGUGAACGAUUGGAGACAGCAUUCUAUAUACAAGAACGGCUACUGCCCAAAUCACCCCGUGAUCCAGUGGUUCUGGAAGGCUGUGCUGCUGAUGGAUGCUGAGAAGCGGAUCCGGCUACUACAGUUUGUCACAGGGACCUCUCGAGUCCCCAUGAAUGGAUUUGCCGAACUUUAUGGUUCCAAUGGACCUCAGCUGUUUACAAUAGAGCAGUGGGGCAGUCCUGAAAAACUGCCCAGAGCUCACACAUGCUUUAAUCGCCUUGACUUACCUCCAUACGAAACCUUCGAAGAUUUACGUGAGAAACUUCUCAUGGCCGUGGAAAAUGCCCAAGGAUUUGAAGGGGUGGAUUAAGGUCUCCUGCCUCAGGGGGGCGCCGUCCAUCCAGCAAGUUCCGCAUGCACUUUUGCAUUUGUCUAACAAGACUUUUGCAGGGCCGGUGGCAAGAGAGCAGCUGCACAGCCUGGCUACUGGAGCCUAGCCUUCUCCAGGCCACGCCCAAGUUCCGCCGCAGGAACCAGACCAGGCUCCAGUUCCUGCCUCUUCCACCACCAACUCUCAACUGGUUGACCUGUACACUAAUUACAUUUCAGGAGGAUGUGUUCUAUUUAUGUUGUGCCUCUGCAGGCAAGCCCUUAAUAAAUAUUUUGCAUACUUUCUAAUGACAAUGAAUGGAAUUAAUCACUCUACAGGUAUAGUAUUUCAGCUCAUGUUUACUUUUUAAAACUGAUUUAGACCAAGCCUCAGAUUUUAUUUCAUUACAAUUAAAGAUGUCUCAUGUACUUGGAAAA